AUGAAGAUCAAAACUAUCAGCAGAAGUGCCGAUGAUUAUGUGCCGGUGAAGAGCACACAAGAGUCUCAGAUGCCUCGUAAUUUAAAUCCGGCUCUGCAUCCAUUCGAAAGAGCUAGAGAAUAUACAAAGGCUUUGAAUGCCACCAAGCUUGAAAGAAUGUUUGCUAAGCCAUUUGUCGGUCAGCUUGGAUACGGUCACAGGGAUGGUGUGUACACCAUUGCAAAGAAUUACAAUGUAUUAAACAAACUUGCUACGGCUAGUGGUGACGGUGUUAUCAAGUACUGGAACAUGUCAACUAGAGAAGAGUUAAGUUCAUUCAAGGCACAUUACGGUAUGGUUACUGGUCUGUGUGUUACUCCUUCAUAUUUAUCUCCACAAAGAGAAAACUUCAUGCUUUCUUGUGGUGACGAUAAGACGGUGAAGCUAUGGUCAGUGAAUUCUGACGACUUUUCCAACGUUAAAGAUGAUACAAGAUUGAAUACAGAUGAAGGUAUCAUCAAAACAUUCCAUGGUGAACAUGCUUUCCAAUCUUUGGAUCAUCAUAGACAAAAAUCGAAUUUUGUUACUGGUGGUGCCCAAAUCGAACUUUGGGAUACAAACAGAUCAAAGCCAAUAUCAAAUCUUUCAUGGGGUGCGGACAAUAUCAAUCAUGUUAGAUUUAAUCAAAAUGAGGUCGACAUUUUAGCAAGUACGGGUAGUGAUAACUCUGUGGUUCUUUAUGACCUAAGAACAAACUCUCCAACACAAAAAAUUGUUCAAACCAUGAGGACAAACUCUAUCUGUUGGAACCCAGUGGAAGCCUUCAACUUCGUAAUUGCCAAUGAAGAUCAUAAUGCUUAUUACUAUGAUAUGAGAAAUAUGUCCAAAGCUUUGCAUGUGUUUAAAGAUCAUGUUAGUGCUGUUAUGGAUGUUGAUUUUUCCCCUACUGGUGACGAAGUUGUAACAGGCUCCUAUGAUAAGACAAUCAGAAUUUACCAAGUUAAACAUGGUCAUUCGAGAGAAAUAUAUCAUACAAAGAGAAUGCAGCAUAUUUUCCAAGUGAAAUAUACCAUGGACAGUAAGUAUAUAGUAAGUGGUUCAGAUGAUGGUAACGUUAGACUAUGGAGAGCCAAGGCAUGGGAGAGAUCUAAUGCGAAGAGUACACGUGAAAAGAAUAAGUUGGAAUACGAUGAAAAACUUAAAGAAAGAUUCAAGCACAUGCCAGAGGUCAGAAGAAUUAGCAGGCACAGACACGUCCCUAAGGUUGUUAAGAAAGCUCAAGAGAUUAAGAAGAUUGAAAUUGAUUCUUUGAAGAGAAGGGAAAGAAACGAAAGAAAGACAAGGAAAGACAUGCCAUUUUUACCUGAAAGGAAGAAACAAAUCGUCGGUACUGUCUUUCAAUACGAGGACGACAAGAAAUCUAAUUCGAAUAGAUCCAACGAUUCCGAAGAUGAAUAA